GGCUGCUGAGGUGGCUGUCGCCGGCUCGGAGCUGCGGCUUCCUCGGGUCGAGCCCCCGAUGGAAGCUGAGGCCGCGGAUAGCCCCCCGGGCGGGGUCGAGGCGGCGCUCUGCUGCUUCUCUUUCAACCAGGACUGCACAUCCCUAGCAAUUGGAACCAAAGCCGGUUAUAAGCUGUUUUCUUUGAGUUCUGUGGAGCAACUGGACCAAGUCCAUGGAAGCAACGAGAUCCCGGAUGUCUACAUCGUGGAGCGCCUUUUCUCCAGCAGCCUGGUGGUGGUGGUCAGUCACACAAAGCCGCGGCAGAUGAAUGUCUAUCACUUCAAGAAAGGCACAGAGAUCUGUAAUUACAGCUACUCCAGCAACAUCUUGUCCAUAAGGCUGAACCGGCAGAGGCUGCUGGUGUGCCUGGAGGAGUCCAUUUACAUUCACAACAUUAAAGACAUGAAGCUGCUGAAGACGAUCCUGGAUAUUCCUGCAAACCCAACAGGUCUGUGUGCCCUCUCUAUCAACCAUUCCAAUUCUUACGUGGCCUAUCCUGGAAGCCUGACUACAGGCGAGAUUGUGCUUUACGAUGGACACUCCCUGAAAACAGUCUGCACUAUUGCUGCCCACGAGGGGACACUGGCUGCCAUCACCUUCAACGCCUCAGGCUCCAAACUAGCGAGCGCAUCUGAAAAGGGCACUGUCAUCCGGGUGUUCUCUGUACCUGAUGGGCAAAAGCUCUAUGAGUUUCGGAGAGGAAUGAAAAGGUAUGUGACCAUCAGCUCUCUAGUUUUCAGUAUGGACUCACAGUUCCUCUGCGCCUCAAGCAACACUGAGACUGUGCACAUCUUCAAGCUGGAACACCUCACCAACAGUCGAUCAGAAGAGCCUUCGACCUGGAGUGGCUACAUGGGAAAGAUGUUCAUGGCAGCUUCCAACUACCUCCCCGCCCAGGUGUCAGACAUGAUGAAUCAGGACAGGGCCUUUGCCACCGGGCGCUUGAAUUUCUCUGGGCAGAGAAACAUCUGCACCCUCUCAACGAUCCAGAAAUUGCCAAGGCUGUUAGUUGCAUCAUCCGAUGGACACCUUUACAUCUAUAAUUUGGACCCUCAGGACGGAGGAGAGUGUGUCUUAAUCAAGACUCACAGCUUGCUUGGCUCAGGAACCACAGAAGAGAAUAAAGAAAAUGACCUCAGACCUCCAUUACCUCAGUCUUAUGCAGCAACUGUAGCCAGACCAAGCACAUCUUCAGCCUCCACGGUGCCAGGUUAUUCUGAGGAUGGCGGGGCGCUCCGAGGAGAGGUUAUUCCUGAACAUGAGUUUGCGACGGGACCAGUGCGUCUUGAUGAUGAGAAUGAGUUUCCGCCUAUAAUCUUGUGCCGUGGAAGUCAGAAGGGCAGAACAAAGCAGUCAUGAUGACAAGCGCGCCUCAGAAAUCAGCACAUCCCUAUCAGGUGGUUUCGGAGAACACGAGGAAGGUGGAAGAACGGAGCGCGAUUGUGUGCGCAGAAUGGGGGGCAGGAAUGCCGCGUGCCGCCUGCCUAAGCCCCAGAACAAGGUUCUCUGCUCACCACGCCCUCCUCAGCCCUGGCUGCCAGUGGGCGCGGGGGGGACUCUGCAUACAGGUCCUGCUAUUUAAAAUAUGUUACAGCCAUAGUGUCCAUGCUAACUCACCAUAUUGGUCUAUAACCGGAAUUUUAUAUUAAAAAGGGCAUCCUUUUUAAAUGUAUGCUGUGUAAAAAUGUACUUAUAGGAAAAUCUCUUCGAAUUGUAUUUCUGGUAUAUGACAUACAUAGAGAGAGAGACUAUUUUAGCCAGGCAAAGUAUUUUUGCAGUGAUUGGAAUAAAUCAUUUAUUACCUUUGAGUCCCAUUUAGGACACUAAUAAUAAAAUCAUGCCAAUGCA